UCUUUUAGAAAAGAAAUCAAUUGAAUGAAAGUAUAAAAAGAUCACUAGCAAUUACUAGCACAUAAUGCAUACACAUACACAAGUACGCAACCUAGCUAGCAACUUUUGCCUUCACAUAGAUCAACAAUUGGUAACACCAAGGGUUUUUGGAGACAGAAGAAUAACAAUUUAAAAAUGACGUCCGCACAAGAAGUUCGUGUAACGACCCAAGUAACCGAGGAGGAGAAAUCAAAGGUAGAUCAAGCAGUAAAGAAAACACAAGCUUCCAUAUCAAACGACAUCAACAAUGGGAAGGGUAAUCGAGAGUUAGCUUUGGUUACAGGCGUAAUCAAGAAUCAACAAAAACGUGGAAUAAUGCUUAUCAAAUCUCACGACUGGAAAGGACAAUUCAUAGCCAAAUUAGCUGAUAAUAAUAAGACUAUUUUUGGACAUGCGAAUGGUGGUUUUGUGCAUCAAGGUGCUCCUACGCAUGGGAAUAUUCCUAUUGUUGUAGGGUCUAAAGGUGCGAUGAUGUAUGGUCAUUAUGACGGUACUACUCUUAAGCUUGGGUGGCUUUUGGCUUGGUACAAGCCUGAUAAUUCCAAUGAACCUAGCAAGGUAUAUGCAGAAGCUGGAAAUCUAGUAAAGCUUAUGAAGAUGGAAUGGACUGAAAUUGAACAAAAACUAGAUGCAUCUCGGAGUGUUAGUCGUUAUUCUGACGGCGAAACAGGCGCUUCGGCAGCUGCGGAAAUCAAGGAUUACGGUGACAAACUGGCUUUAAUCCGUGCGAGCUUUGAUCAUUCCGUUGCUUGAAUACUUAUGCUUUAUGAUUUUAAUAAAAAGUUCUAUAUACUUAUUCGUAAAACUUUCACUAUAAUUAACGAGCUCUUGUGUUUAUUUUUAUUGGUGGGAUUACAUGGUAAUAAUUAAUAAAUCAUUGAAAAUCUAGUCUUGUACUAGCUAGAGUAAUAAUAAUCACUUUUUUAGUACAA